ACCAGAGCGCAGCGCGGAGAGUCGGCGCCCCCGGCCGCCCCGGCCCCGCGGGCGCUAGAAGGGCCGGGCCGGGCGGAGAGCGAGCCGGAGCCCGCGGGCCUGACAAGCCGCGGACGCGCAGGGAGCCCGUCUCGGAAGCCAUCGGUCCCCGGGGUCUUCCCCGGGCCCUGGGGGGGCGCAGGCGGACCAUGCCCAGCCCGCCUGCCCUGCUCGCUGCUGCUGCUGCGCUGUUCGCCUGCUGGGCCCCGCUUCGGGCCGCGGCCAGCUCCUGGUGGUCUUUGGCUCUGAACCCGGUGCAGAGGCCUGAGAUGUUCAUCAUCGGGGCGCAGCCCGUGUGCAGCCAGCUCCCCGGGCUCUCCGCCGGCCAGCGGAAGCUGUGCCAGCUGUACCAGGAGCACAUGGCCUACAUAGGCGAGGGGGCCAGGACGGGCAUCAGGGAAUGCCAGCACCAGUUCCGGCAGCGGCGCUGGAACUGCAGCACCGUGGACGAUGCCUCCGUCUUCGGGAGAGUCAUGCAGAUAGGCAGCCGGGAGACGGCCUUCACCUACGCCGUGAGCGCGGCCGGGGUGGUCAACGCCAUCAGCCGCGCCUGCCGCGAGGGGGAGCUUUCCACGUGCGGCUGCAGCCGGGCCGCGCGGCCCAAGGACCUGCCCCGGGACUGGCUGUGGGGCGGCUGCGGCGACAACGUCGACUACGGCUACCGCUUCGCCAAGGAGUUCGUGGACGCCCGCGAGCGCGAGAAGAACUUCGCCAAGGGCUCGGAGGAGCAGGGCCGCGUGCUCAUGAACUUGCAGAACAACGAGGCCGGCCGGAGGGCUGUGUAUAAGACGGCAGACGUGGCCUGCAAAUGCCACGGCGUCUCGGGGUCCUGCAGCCUCAAGACCUGCUGGCUGCAGCUGGCGGAGUUCCGCAAGGUGGGGGACCAGCUGAAGGAGAAGUACGACAGCGCGGCUGCCAUGCGCAUCAGCCGGCGGGGCAAGCUGGAGCUGGUCAACAGGCGCUUCGAGCAGCCCACCCCCGAGGACCUGGUCUACGUGGACCCCAGCCCGGACUACUGCCUGCGCGACCAGAGCACGGGCUCGUUGGGCACACAGGGCCGCCUGUGCAACAAGACGUCCGAGGGCCUGGACGGCUGCGCGCUCAUGUGCUGCGGCCGCGGCUACGACCAGUUCAAGAGCGUGCAGACCGAGCGCUGCCACUGCAAGUUCCACUGGUGCUGCUUCGUCCGCUGCAAGAAGUGCACGCAGGUCGUGGACCAGUUCGUCUGCAAGUAGCCAGGGCCGCUCGCCGGUGCUCCUCCGCGCUGCCGCACGGAGUCUAUAGGAUAUAAAUCUAUAUAAAUCUAUUUUAUAUUUGUAUAAAGAAAAGGAUGGAUGGUAAAUAACUGAAGGAAGAAAACGGAAAGGAAAAGCCUAUUUAAGAGACGCUGGAAAUCUUGGAGGAUUGGAUUUUGCUGGUUCUCUGCUCCCAGUGGGCUCUGUCCCCGCCUCUGGUGGGGCCUCUCAAGAGGUAGGGACUUGGGACUGUUCCCUGUCUUCCCACCGCGGCCUUGAGGACAGAGGUGGUGCUUGGAGGGGGAACUUGAUGAUGUCUGGAGUCUUUGCUGGGUGGGCGACUGCCCUGCGACCCUGGCCUCUGGGCCGGGCGGCCCCGUGGAGUGGCGGGAACCCAGCCUCACGCCUGGCAUCUUCUGGGUCUCGUCCAGGACACCGGCCGGUUCCAUGAGAGGCCCAGUGCCUCCUUGCACUUUCGUCCGUGUGCGUACUUGCAGAAUCCACAGUUACAGGAAAGAGGACCGGCCCCACGCCGUCUCUGGGGACCACAGGGGGACAGCCCUUCCCCAGACUCCGGGUCCUGCCUUUCCAGCGAGAACUGCUUUUCCUCCGCGAUUCGCUGGCUCCUGCACCAGGAGGGAGGGGUCGUUUGACCUGACGUGUCAGGAAGGACAUGGCCUCUCUGUGCCCGAGCUGCAGAAAGCCAGGUGGUGACUGGCGAGGGCGGAUGGCACCGUGCUCCUGUGCUCCGGCGCAGGGAGCGGACGCUCUGAGGCUGCUGCCGGCCCGCCCCGCUGCGGGAAGCUGGGGCAGGCGCGGCCCUGCUCGGCCGGCCUGUUGCGGGCUCUUCUCCUGUGCCCCAGAUGUAGUUUCCCUCUGACAUUAAACACCCUCCACUGAACUUUCUCUUUCCUUACUUGGACACACGGUUAUGUUUCAUGGGUCCUUUUAUUUUCGAUCUGAUCCUUGGAACCCUGCUACACGGUGCACGCACGGAAGAGGGCAAGAGAAUGGAGACGUUUCAGAGCCCUAGUCUGGUGUUACAGGGACAGGGGGACAUCGUGAGAAUUCAUAAGGUGACGCGUGCGUGCACGCCUUCUCCCCAAGGGCAGCACAGAGUUAAAUGAUGGCCGUUAAUAUCACUGCCCUGAACAGAAUUCAGAGAGUUAGGGUUAAACCUCACAUUUACCUCCUCCUCCCCGUCUUCCCCAUUUUACCUCCCACCAGUCCUCCUGGGCUCUUGGUGACCACAGGCGUUGGGGAUGCCCUCUGCUGGCUUCUCCGUGUUGCCAUGUCCGGUUUGGGGGCCAGAGCUUCAGUUUUGGAGUAUCUGGGACAGGAGAGAAUAAGGCAGAGCUCAGGCACCCUAGAAAAGGCGGGAGUUUCUGGGAGAGACACUGAGACAGGCUGUCCAGCGAGCCAGAAGCCACAAAAGACACCAGUUUUAUGUUAGAAAAAUUUGUUUCUGGGGAAGUGAUGGGAUUACGGAAUUAACUUGGUUAUAAUGAGCAAAUGAUGCUGCAGAACAGUGUAAAAGAGAUUCUGCCUGAGGGUAUCCAUGGUCCCAUAUCCUGCUGUGUCUUUAGUACCUAAAGAAGAACCUCCUGACCUGACACCGAGGAACGUCCGACGUAGGGCUAUGUUCCCUGUAACUGUUCCUCGCACGGUUACCCAGAUUGGUCAACAUUUUCAAGAGGAAUGGUCCAUGAGAGAAAGUGUUUAAACCAACUGGCCCACAAAAGAUCAAAAGCACGUCCUUGGCUUCAAUCGCUGGCAUUUAACCAAAUAAACCAACCAGUCACCCAAAUCAACCGUGACGGUCAGGGUUUUGAAACACUGUCUGGCUUCAUUGCCCUUGCCUACAUCACUGGUCCACAGACCCCGAGAGUUACCUUGUAUCAGGUGCUCAAAGUGUUUAAGAGUUGAGACCCAGUUCAUCCUCAGACACUUCAGAAAGUUAGUUGGGAGUGACUUGCCCACAAUCCCAAAAAGUGGCCCCAUGUUCACAAAGGGAGACGGGUCACCCCUGUCAUGCUGAGCUUAUUCCUGCAGAGUCCUGGCAAGGGAAUGGGCGAAUAGUCAAUGUUUUCCUUCCAACUGGGGAGAAGGUUGUAUGUUCAGACACCCAUGUGAUUGUUGCAGCUGCUGACAACCAGGUCUCGGGAUUAUUUAAUGUUCAAAAUGGGUUGGGAUGAAGUUAGAGUUAUUGUCACACGCUUGUGGGAUCCUGGAGAAUUGGCAGCUGCCUGUGACGCGGCCGGUGAGGCGGUGGGAAGUGGGUGGAGAAUAUGGAGACCGCCCUAGAAAACUGAGCUUCUGGGCACUUCCCCAGCGGUCCAGUGGUUAGGACCCCGAACUUCCACUGCCAGGGGCCAGGGUUCGAUCUCUGGUCGGGGAACUAAGAUCCCACAAGCUUGUGCGGCGAAGCAAAAAAAAAAAAAAAAAAGCUUCUGCUCAGAACCGUAGACUGUUUGAGCAGAGAGUGUGGCAGUCAGACCCCCAGCUCCUGUGUGUCCAGAUAAGGACCUCCAAAUCAUGAGCAGGUCCUAAACCUCAGUGUGCUGUGAAAAUGCAGAGUCCUAGACCUGCAACACCAGAAAUUUUUAUUCACUUGGUCUGGGGUGGAGCUAGGACCACUGUCCACACCCUCAUCAAGGACCUGAGGGAACCCUGCGCUGGUGGUCCAGAGACUCUACUGGACCUACAGUCAUUGAGAGCUAGCCCAGGACCCACAGGGAGACAGGCAGCUGGGCCCUAAUUCCCAACCUGGUGCUCUUGGCAACACUGUGCAGAAUUCCCUGGCACCUGAAAUGUAUUAACAUGUAGCCUAAUUGAAUUAAUGAAAUGCCUGGACCAAGCAGCCAUCCCGGGGAGCCUUUCUUUUUUUUCUUUUUUUGGCUGUGCCACGCAGCUUGUGGGAUCUUAGUUCCCUGACCAGGGCUUGAACCUGGGUCCUGGCAGUGAAAGCACCGAGUCCUAACCACUGGACCACCAGGGAAUUCCCCAGAGAGCCUUUUUGAUGAGAGGGGAAAGAUGCUGGCACAGAGCAGAACCGAUCUGCCCUGGGAUGUUCCACCCGGGACUGGGGGGAAGCCUACAGAUCCACUAUGAAUAUAAUAAGGUGUUAUUAGCUCUGUCUGCAGGCAUUCACCUUGUCUUCAAGAUGAAAUUCGGAGAAAGGCAUGCCUGACUGCCUCCACCUAAAGUAGAUGGGAGGGUGGGAGGACAGCCACAGCUGGGGUCAAGAUGAGGCCAGGCCUCCACUCACGAACCUUUGUGACCAGAGUCUCAGGAACUGAAUUCGAAGUCCUAGUUUGGAGAAUGCAUUUCGUUGUCAUCCACGCUCCAUCCUUUGAGCUGAGAAACAAAACUUGCUACUUGUAUUAAAUCCCCAAGUUGGUUAUUUCCUCUGAAAUUCUGCCCUGCUUCCUGCCUUAAAUCAUUAUUAUUUUAGGGACUUCCCUGGUGGUCCAGUGGUUAGGACUCUGCACUUCCACUGCAGCGGGCGUGGGUUCAAUCCCUGGUCGGGGAACUAGGAUCUCACAUGCUGCGCGGCCAAAAAAUAUAUAUAUAUAUAUUAUUUUAUUUAAGCUUUGUUAUCCCUGGAGCUCUGGGCCCAUAGCAAGACAUCUGUGGUUGAAAUUGCUCCACGAGACAGUGAUCUUACAGCUCCAGUGAUUGAUCAAGAAAGAAGCCCAUUUCUUGGGAGGAGAGCCGCACUGUCCCAAGAAGGUGGGAAAAGUCCUCAUUUCCAUCUUAAAACAGGCCCUGACGCAUUGCCAGACCCCACUGACCCUGGUCACAUGUAUUUUGGGACCUCAGUGUGUGCGUGCACGUGCAAGGGGUAUGUGUGCGCUUGUACACGCCCAUGCCCACCAAGUACACAGGAAUGAACGCUUUCAUUAAAUUUGGAGGGGACUUAGAGAGGCACUGGAGACAUGGAAUAUGUAAAAAAAAUAAAUAAA